AUGUUCGCAAGGUCAACCGCAGUCUUCCGCGCCACCGGCGCGCGCCACUUCUCGGCCUCCACCAGAUCCGCCAACGUCCAGCAGAAGGCCACCGAGGCGGUCAACGAGGUGCAGAAGAAGGCGCCCUCCGCCAUCAACGAUCUGCAAAAGAAGGCGCAGGAGCUCGGCGGGCCCGCGUUGAAGCGCGUUGAGGGUCUGCUUGGUGGCUACUCCGAACCUAUCAAGUACAACCUCUCGGUGGCAUCCAACAUUGCCAAGCAGGUGUACGUUGCCGAAGCGCUCGCACCCCCUACUUCGGUCAACUCGAUCACCUCGGCCUACCGUCAGAUCUACACUCACGCCACCGACAAGGCUUUCUGGGCCAAGCUGCUCACCAAGGGCGACUGGAAGCGCGUCGGCAUCUACGCCCUCGAGGCCUACGGAAUCUUCACCAUCGGCGAGAUGAUCGGCCGCAGAUCGCUCGUUGGAUACAAGCUCGACACGAGCAACCACGGUCACGGCCACCACUAG